CAUAACGGUGCUUAACGGCAGCUAGUGUUGGCGCGUAAUUCCAUAAUCGUUUCUCAUAUUCGUUACCUACCUACGAUUGUUGAUUAACUUUGAUGAUCUAUGGACUGUUGAUCGAUCCAGAUCGAUCCAGUUACGUGACACGUUCAGUUUAACGCAGAUCUUGGUUUUUUUAAAGAUUUGCAUUUAACGACAUAAUGGCAGCGAAAGCAGCGAAGAAAGCACCGAAGAAGAAAGGAGGUUAUCAAAUGCCCGAACCGAUACCGGCUGGAGAGAUUCUCAGGGACAUAUCAAAGGGCCAAUGGAUUCUUGGCAAGUCAAUUGGUGUCGGCGGUUUCGGGGAAGUUUACUCUGCCGCACCAUAUUCUGGAAAGAUCCCUAAAGAUUAUCCUAAUGUCAUAAAAAUUGAACCACAUGGAAAUGGACCAUUAUUUGUAGAAAUGCACUUUUAUAUGAGGAAUUGUAAGUCAGAUGAAAUUGAUAGCUGGCAGAAAAAAAAGAAACUUGCAGCACUCGGAAUACCUAGAUAUAUUGCUUCUGGAAGUCAUGAAUAUAAAAACACAAAAUAUCGAUUUUUAGUAAUAAAUCGAUAUGGAAAAGACUUAUGGAAAAUAUUUGAAGAAAAUAACAAACAAUUUCCGGAACACAUAGUAUAUAAAUUAUCUUUGCAAAUAAUAGAUAUAUUAGAAUACAUUCAUCACAAAAACUAUGUACAUGCUGAUAUCAAAGGCGAAAAUUUGCUACUGGAUUUGAAUUCUUACGAUCAGGUUUAUUUAGUUGACUUUGGUUUAGCUUCUCGUUGUACGUCAAGUACUGAAUUAAAAGUUGAUCCAAAGAAGGCACAUAAUGGCACUUUACAGUACACAAGCAGAGACGCUCAUAUGGGAGUACCAACACGUCGUGGUGAUAUUGAAAUUUUGAGUUACAAUAUGAUCCUGUGGUUAUGUGGUUCAUUACCAUGGGAAAAGUUACUCGAUCCAGCUACCGUUCAGAAAGAGAAAGAAAAAGCUUUCAACAAUAUAGACAGUUUCCUAAAUAAGUGUUUUCAUGGAUCUGUUCCACAAGCUGUUCACAAAUUUAUAACUUUGCUAGCCAGUAUAAAAUUUAAUGAAAUACCAUCUUAUGAAAAAUUGAAGGAAACAUUAAUAGGUGGUUUAAAGAAAUUAAGUCAUAAACCAGAUGGGAAAUUAAAAUUGGACAGCAUUGGCAUGCUAAUUCAACAAAAUACUUCUAAACAUACUCCACAAAAAAUAAAGAAACCUAUAAAUGGAAUCUCCAUUAGGAAGAGUCCCCGUAUGAAACAACUGGAUGCUCUAAGUUCUAUGAGAAAUUCAAGACAAAGUACUAUAGGUGUCGUAAUUGAUAAGAAGCGUUGUAAUAUAAAGGAUAUUGCGAAAGCAUUAGAUGAUAUGGAUUCUGACGGUGAAUAUGAUAUUCAAAUUCUUAAAAAAGCGAAAAAAACAGAAUCAGUUGAAAAAGCAAAUACGAUAGUGAAAAAUAAAGCUCCCUCUCGUAGAAAGAAAGUUUCAAUUGAUUCAAUCGAAGAUUCUGAAGAGGAUUCCAACACAAAGUUGUUACUAAAACCAAAUAAGAAACGAGAGAAAAAGCCAGUCACAAGUAAAACAAGACGAAAGAUCAAGUCUUUGAAUGAUUCAGAAACAGCUUCUGAAACUGAGAUUGUACCAAAAAAAACAAAAUCAAGACCUGUUGCUACUGCUAGAAGUAAAGCAAAUACUAGGUUGCAAUCCAAUAAAAUAAUAUCUACAACUUAUGCUGAAAUUGGAUCAGACGAAGAUAUGUUUGAUACAUAGUCUUACAAAAAAUAAAAGAAUAGUAAAAGAAGUAUAAUUGUGUGGUAUUUGUACUACAAAAAAAUAUGUAACUUGCAUUUAUACAUUAUGCACUUUUGUACAUGGCCUCUUACAUUUCAUAUUAUUAU